CUCUGGUAUGGGUAGCUGCAACCCAAUAUGGCGACCUGGGUCUGGGCGAGUGGGUGUGUCGAAAGGAUACUGGGAUGUUGCCACCCCCUUCUCAAUGAAAGAGCGAGAGGGCCGGGGGGUUGGCUGUGGAGAUUGGGACCCUCAAGGCUCAAUAGUACAUUGAAACUGGCUGGGAAACAUCCGACUGGGAGGUGGGAUCAUGGAGACAGUGGAACACGUUCUAUUUCAGUGCCAGAAAAAUGGGAGGGAAAGGGAGCGAUUGUUAUUGGAUUUGAGGAGCAAUGGGGUUGAAGAGCCAAGAUUAAGUGAACAGCUGGGUAAAUCUUCAGGGGAUGUAUUGGGUAGGAUUUAGACCUUCCCUGUCUCUGGUCCACACUACAAUCCAGUUGGUAGCUGUAAUGCACAUGAAAAUUGGUUGCCAACCGCCAUAAAAAGAAAUCCGCAGAAGUAGUGGUUGUGGGAGUGACGCACAUUUGAGUGAUAGCCAAUUGGACCAAUCUUUGUUCUCGGAAGGCUGGCUUUCCGGAAAAUGUCAGCGGCAGCCGAGUGAGGUUCCUGUGCACGGUUUAGAGCGAUAACCUAGCAAAUUCAUACUAUCCAGUUGCACCAGUAGGUCUCUCUCUGCAGAGCUGCGGGUGUACCGGGACGCUGCCGUGAGCAUGGCGGACAGGGAGGAGAGGCGCUUCGCUGAAGUCCCCAGAGAAUCUGUCAAACUCAUGGCCGAGAGUGCAGAAGUGGAACUCAGCGACGAUGUGGCUGCUUUGCUGGUUGAAGAUGUCUGCUACCGGCAUAGGGAAGCCACACAGUCACAGGCGGUAGGGCUGCCGUUCCCCACCAAUGGGAGGCCGUUCACAUCGGGCAUGAGGACCACCUCCCAGUCGGUGAUCAAGCGUCAGAAAGUGAACCAGGGAGAUGCACCCAACCCUGUGGUGUUUGUGGUCACGAAAGACACCAGGGCUCUGAGGAAACACCUGACCCAGUCUGAGAUGCAGCGUGCAGCCAGAAAACCUCACCUCCCUGUCAGGGUCAAGCUGCCCUUAGGCCCCCGGCCCCUGGUACUGCCCAUCAUGCCAUCCAGCACCAGCGAGCCCAUCGUCCUGGAGGACUAAGGUGGGGCUGAGAACCCCCCCCCACACUGCAACACUGGCGCGCACCACCGCGCACCCACCUGCUAGGGCAGCAGGGCACGUCAUACCCAGUAGUCGUUUUCUGUUGUCAGAUUUUUUUUAUUGUCUUCUGUUCUGUUACUUCGCAAAAGCUGACGUACUGCUCACCUCACACACACUUUAGUGACACUCACAUGCAUACUUUGCAUUGAGUUCACACAUAUACAUGGCACCAUUACUUCUCUACACACACUUACACCCACUUACACGCGCUAGGCUUUGGGCUUUGUAGUAUUUUAUUCCGGCUCUUUUUGCUCAAUUAUUUCGCUCCUCUUUUUUUAAUGGCAAAUAUUUUUAAAUGUGUAAUUUAAAAUCAGAAAUAUUUCUCAUCCUGAAAUAAUGGUGUUAAAACACACUUUAUUUUUUCCUCCAGAUCUUAUUUGUGUAAAUAUUUGCAGAAUUUUGAGGGGGUGACACCUAUUUGGUUGGGGACGGGUGGGUGAGUGGUUGUGGGAGGGCCAUAGAAAGAAAUAUAAAUACUAGAAGGGACAAAGUCCCUCAGACCACAGCAAUUUGACUGAAAGUCCAUUCUAGGUAUUCUAAUUCUAUUGGGAAUUUUUAGCAUGUUUCUUUGAUUCUUUUUCUGGGAAAGUCUAUUUAGAUGAAGGUUUCAUUCACAUGUUCCAUCAUAGGUCUGGGAGGUUGAGGUAAAGUGCUUUGUAUGACCCAUCAUUCAAGCAUACUUGUCAAAUAAUCCGAUUUUACUUUUUGACACUCAUUCUGUUAGACUUUAAUUUGCACCAUCACCCUGCCCCUCUCCACACACCGAAAUAAGAACUGACCCCCUAUCGCUCCACAAGCCUAUCAGAAGUUACGUUUGAUGGGUUGAUAGUGAGGAAACACAUGCUGUUGACCCCUAGUAGUUUGAGCGCCGUUUUUUUCUAGUUGAUUGUUGUCACAAUCAAUUUGAGUCCUGUCUUGUCUCCUAUCACUUGAUUGUCA